CGAGUAUUUUAAUUUAAUUAAAAACAGCAUUCAAUAAAAGUAACUUUGCGAAGUAGACUGGAGCCAUGGUGCGGUAAAACUCUAGCAGCGGCGAUGACUAAGGUGGCGCAAGAGCGAGUAGCAGAUCGGUGACCGAACAGGCUUGCAACGGAGGCGCGGUGUGGCAUCUCCUCAAGGAGGAGAACAUGGGACUGGUAGUUGUUGCUGCCCGCUGGAACAAGAGGGCGGAACUAAUGAGGGGGUCAAUCUAGGGGCGGUGGCUCGAGUGGUGUCUGACAAACCUGUUUGUGUUGUUUCUUUCUAUCAAACAAUGGCUAUUGUCAGGAGGCCAGUGAAAGGAGUCUCUAUUGAUGAAAUUGAGGACUCAAAAUUCAUGUUAGGGUUCUAUCAUGAAGGAGACCUGAAUAGAGUUGUGGAGGAAGGGCCUUGGUCCUUCGAGCAGAAUUUGGUGGUUAUUCGACGAUUGGAACGCAUUGAUAAGCCUCUAGAGGUUGAACUGGACCAUGCAGAUUUUUGGGUCCAAGUACAUGAUUUACCGUUAAGCUAUAUGAUGGCAAAGGCUGCACGUGGUAUAGCCAAUAGCAUCAGCUCCUUUUGUACAACUGGAUGAGAGCUCUUCUAGAGGAAAACAAAGGUUGGUUAUGCGCAUUAGGGUCACUUUGAACGUUUAGGUGGCUUUAACUAGGCGCUUGCAGGUAGGGAUGGCAACGGGGCGGUUCGGGGUCGGGUAUACCAUUACCCGUACCCGCCCCGUUUGAUAAAAAAAUUCCCCGAAACCGCCCCGUUACCCGUCGGGUAUUUUUUACCCGCGGGUAACGGUUUUCCCCGCGGGUAACGGUUUCCCCGCGGGUAACCGUUUUAUUAAAAAAUAAUUUUUUUCCUUCUAAACUAGUAUAGAUCCUAAAAUGAUUAUUAACUACUUAUCAUUGACCACCUAAAUUAAAAAAAAUUAAAAUUAAAUAGUACCACAGAUAAAAAUUUUUAAAACAUGACAAAAAGUUACAAUUGUUUGAAUCUAAUAUUCACAAAUUAUAUAUGCCUAGAUUCAAAUUGAAUCUCUUACCACAUCAACAUCAAAAGAGUAAGUCUUGUCUCGAUAGUAAAAACUAAAUAUGAAUCACAAAAACAUUUAACUUCCAAACAUUCAAUAAGCAUACCCCUACCAACAUUCAACAUCUAAAUUAAUUGAAGAACAAUAAUGUAUACAAGUAACAUAAUGAAAAUGGGAAGUUUUCCCCCUAAAAUACCUCUAAUAAAAAAGAUAUGAACAUAAAUCUGACUAUAAGUUACCAUGAGUAAGUUUUGUAAUCACUACGACAUAACAUUUGAAUAAAAUUAUAAACACUAAAGUUACUAGAGUCGCAUUUUUGUCCACAACUUUUAUUUUGAUUAUAGAUUUGGAAUUAUUUAAAAGGCACUUCUAAUACUAUGAUUUAGGUAUUCUUGUAGUUACUGUUUUAGAAAAAAAACAUAAUUUAAAUUUUAAACCUUGAUAUAAAUUAGAGCAACCAAUCAAAAUUAAUCUAAUCAUCCAAUACACCUUUACAAAAUUAUUAGCAAUUACAUAAAUUAAAGCAAGCUAGAGUAAUGUUUCGCAAUAUUUUGACUUUAAACUCAUACGUGAGUUUUAUGAAAGUUAUUGGGUGAAAAACUAAGAGAGUCACAAUGUGGAAAUUGCGUAAAGAAAGUCACGAAAAUCAAAUAAUCAAUAUGUGAAGAAAAUAAAUAUUGUAGAGGUUUUUUCGAAGGAAUAUUAUAGAAGUUAACAAAGGAAGGAUGAUGAAUGAUAUUGAAAAUUUAAAAUCUAAAAUAGUGAACUCUGAGCACCAACUCGAUCAUCAGAAUUGCAAAGGAUAGCCGAUAAGUUGAAUAUUGUUUCAAAGUACUAGAGAGAAUAAGUGUCAUAUACUAAUGUACUAAUAUUCAUAUAUACUUAAUAUAUUAAAUAAUAAAUACAUAAACUAUUAAAAUAUAUAAGUUAAUUGUGCGGGUCGGGUAAUGGUGCGGGUAACCGUAUCCAAAUUAAACGGGGCGGGUAACGGGGCGGGUAGGUAUAAACCCAUAACCGUCCCAUUACCCGUUUACAUAAAUCGGGUAUUCCCCGCCCCGUACCCGUUACCCAGUCAAAACGGUUUUUCCCAUUUUGACCGGUUCGGUUCGGUGCGGGUAUCCAUCGGGUCGGAUUAAAUUGCCAUCCCUACUUGCAGGUUAGAGGUAUUACUAUCACUGAAGUGAGAAAUAGAUGAUAUAUGUUCCAGUGGUGGGCGUUGGUGGGAUGAUGUUUUGUUUUAAUAUAAUUUAGGGAAAAUGGAAACUAAUAAUCCAACCUUUUAGUGGUAUUCUUUUAAUAAUCCCACCUUUUGAUUAUUCAUGAAUAAUACAACCUUUGCACCUCAUCUUCAUUCAUUGGUCCCUGGUCGGUUAAUGACCUACUAUUCCAAGUUAUUUUCUUAUCUUUUCAAAAUAUUAUCUUUGUGAAAGAUGAGAUUUAUGGUAUAAUGAUUUGCAAAGAUAAGAAAAUAGCUUGGAAUAGCAGGUCAUCAACCGGUCAGGGACCAGUGAAUGAAGAUGAGGUGCAAAGGUUGGAUUAUUCAUGAAUAAUCAAAAGGUGGGAUUAUUGAAAGAAGACCGCUAAAAGGUUGGAUUAUUAGUUUCCAUUUUCCCUAUAAUUUAAGCUUUCUUCUCACAAAAAAAAAUAUAGUUGGUUAAAAUUUCAAAAAUCGUAAAAUUUUAAGCGAGCAGGGAGUAAUUUUAAGGGUGUAAUCAUGUAAGUAUUUUUUUUAUCAUAAAAGAGCGGCCGUUAUAUUGAAAUCGAUAACACAUACAAAAAAACUUUCAAAUAGAAUUUAGAGAUCCAAUCGUGAACCCUAGGAGUAGACGUAGAGUCAACCACCUCAUACAAAACAACAUGACAUGCUAAACCUGAAACAGACAAAUUUAGACCUGAAACGACCGGAACCGAAACCUUAUCCAUCAAAAGAACUCCAAAAAUCCAAACAUUCAAAUCAAAUCUACACGGACUAAAACAGAAACAAUUGCUACUUAAGAGAUAAUAAUACUGAAAUAAAAUCUUUCCAUAAAACUCUUCCUGGUAUGAAGGUGGUCUCGGAGGAGGACGAACUCUUGCAACUCCACCACCGUCGGAAUGUCCGACCAAAGCUUCAUGAUCCAACAUUGAUAUCACCUCUCAGCCACACCUCGUUCAUCCGCGAGUUGUAUCUCCUCUGACGUAGUUGCAAUCCCAGGUGUUAAAACACUUAAAACCAGUAUAAUCUGCUGCUCCAACCUCAUAUUGAGAGGGGCGGCUUAAAAUCUCAACCCCUACAAAGUGCAGAGAUGGCCGCUAGGGUUCCUUUCUCUCUAUGUAGAAGAGAGAGUUCGCUUGUACGUGAGAUUCUACAAUUUAGAACUCUUUAUCAUGUAAGUAAUUUUGUUCACAGUAAAAAGAGUUUGUCCCUCAUAAUUCUUCUUCAUUAUUGUAAUAAAUAAUUUGUGAGAGAAUUAAUCAUAUGCGUGAAUAAGAGCUUGUCAUUUUAUAUGAAAUGAAUCAAAACAUUCUUAAAUGAAGGAAUCAUAAUAAAGUGAAUUAAUAAAAAAAUAUAUUAUCGAAAUAAAGAUUUCGAACUACUUAGUGACUAUCAUAAUAAUUUUAGUGAUCAUUAUUGUGUUUAACUCUACUACUAUAGUGAUCAUGCAGAAUAAUUAUAGUAAUACUUUUGUCUACAAGUGGUAAAAUGGGUUAAAAGAAUUCAAGAACAAUAAAAACAAAAAAAAAACAAAAAAUCUAAAAGGAUAUCUACCCCAUGAACAUAAGUGAAAAUUUGGAAUGUAUAAGAAGAAUUGAAUGCAAAAGAGGAGAACUAAAAGAUGUUUGGAUCUGAUUCUAAGAGCAUCUCCAAUGCUACAAUGUGCACGGUGCACAUGUGGCACAAGUGAUGGUCACAUAAAUAUUGGUAAAUAAAUUAUAUAUCUCCUUAUUUGAAUGAUUUUAUACAAUUUUGGUAAGUUUUUCCCUGCAAUGUCAACAACAAUGUCAACAUCUAAACGGUCUCCUUGACAUUGUGGAGAAGAACUUACCAAAACUAUAUAAAAUCAUUCAAAUAAGGAGAGAAAGAAUUUAUUUACUAAUAUUUAUGUUGCUAUCUCUCAUGCCACGUGUGCACCGUGCACAUUUUACCGUUGGAGAUGCUCUAAAACUGCGUCUGCUUCUUCAGAGAGCACAAUCAGAAGUUGAAGUGUUUGGGUGAAAAUAUGGAAUUGAUUCUGGUGCUUUAAUUUACUCCUAAAAUCAAUUUUUUUUAGAAGGUGGGGGGACCAGCUUCUGAAAACUGAUUCUGAUUCUGCUUCCACUUUAAAAAAGAAGCAGAAGCCGUUCCAAACAUCCCUAAUACUACGUAAUAUGUAUGGAUCGUGAUCAUUAUGCCGUUUACACCACUACAAUAUUCUGUCACGAAUUUAUUAUCAUAAAAAGAAACACAUUUGGGAGUUAUAAUAUGAUGAAAGUAUUGUUAAGUAAUUUGAGAUUUUAGAAAUUAAAUAUGAUUGAAAUUUUAGUGUUAUGUUUAAAUUGUGGAGGUAUUUUUUGUCAUAUGGGAAGGUAUAUAGUACGUAGUAUACUAGUAUAUAAAUUGGUAAAGGCAAUCUCAUCGACCAAGUUCUUAUAGUUGGUUGUGGGUUAAAGCAUUAGGCCUUUUAAACCCUUGAAUUGCUAAACACAGCCACAAAUUUAAAUAAUAAAAAAUAAAAAUAAUACAAUAUCUUAAUUACCCUUGCUUUAUUUAACAAUCGUUUAGGGAGGGUCGUUAACCUUGCUACACAAAGGCUUGAAAAACCUGGAAGCGCGGCAGGACAGAAACAAUCGCAGAAAGCUCGGAAGAAGCGCAAAAGGCCACAGAAGUAGAAACUAUAGUAGGGAGAAAGCAAGAAACGUAGAAAAUUCCUAUGUUGUAAGAACCGGACCGGUGAGCGACCCGGACAAGUGACGGGGUCACGGGUCAACCCAGACCCGGUGGGUCAACCUGGUCAACGACCGGCAAACCCGGUCAACGCGAAUACAUAUAAUAAUAUAAAAAAUAAACUUAUAAAUUGAAAACUUAUAUCCAUUCAUUAUUAAAUAUUUAUAAUACAAUGUAAGUACUUCAAAAAAAUUAUUGCAUUAAACUAUAUUGGUUUUAACACAAUUUUGAAUACAUUUGUGUAUAGGUAGAUGAUAAAUAUGAACAUUAUAUCAAUGAUAAAAGAAAAUAAAAAGAGAAAAGUAAAGAUAACAUACGUAAUGAGGAUUGAGGUAUUAUAAAAAUAGCAUUUGUUUGUAUGUAUUAUAAAUUAGUUCAUUAACAAACAAAUUAAGGCAAUUGUAAUGCUACAGAUUUCGAAUGUAUAAGAAGAGCAAAGCGACCUCUUAUUUUCAAGUAGCUAGUGUAGUUCACUGGUUUGGAGCUUAAGUAAGAGCGGUUGGCGUAGGAUCGAAUCCCGCAGUCCGUGUGUUUCUUCGGGUUUUGCCAUUUUCCGAGUUUGACAUGGGUUAGGUCCGUCGCGGCUCUACCUGGGUCGCUGGGUAAAUGCGGUUUUUACCACAUUUGCGGUUUGAUGUCCAACCGGACCCUAAACUAAGCCGGUUGACCGGGUUCCGGGUCGGACCGGCCGGUCCGGGUCUCACAACACAGGAAAAUUCAACCAAUAUUACUCCGCAAUUUCCUCACCAGUGUGUGAUCUGUUUUUUUUUCAAACUAGUGUAUUCUUUUCUAGGUUCUUCUUCUGUCAAUUUUGACAGUGGUGUUAUGAGUGAUUUCUUAUCAAAUUAAUGAUGCUAGUGCCUAGUUAUGCUAUUGUUCAAUUGUUAUUAAUGACAUUCAUCGAGUUUUAGAUGUGUUUUUCUCAAAUAUCAUAAUGCUUCUCAACCCACCUAUGACGACACUGUUGAUCCGCCCUCUUCAAGAACCACCGCCACAGAAGGAAGGAUUAGUACGAAAUUUUUAAUAACAAAUUCAGUACAAGGCUGGAAUAAUGUCAUUAGGAUGCAGCAUAACUGCAAACUGAUAUGAUGACUUGUUGCUUUAUUAUUUCAUUACAUCACUUUGUUUUUUGUAGGUUCGCCUAUAUCAGGACUUUGCAUUACUUUAUAUAUAUUCGUUUUGCUUUUGGUAGGGUUGUAAGUGUUUCAAAUCACUAUAGAAACAUGAAGACUGACAUAGUGAUGUUAAGCUUUAGUUUGUCCAUUACAUGAUUAGCGACUUAUGCGGCUCGUUUGUGGGUAGUAGAGUCAAAGUAUUAUCAAUGGGCUUAUGUUUGGGGUUAGUGUGAUCUUGAGUGUAUUGUAAUGCAUGUGGUUUGAUUUAUUGAUUUUAAUAUAGAUAAGCUAAUGCUUUGAUUCUCACGACCACACAUAUUGAAUGACAGAAUUG